ACCCGGCAUGCCUUUCGAAAGGAGAAACAACAUGGCAAAAUGGCGGACGAGUUGACACUAAAGCGUAUAUUCGUCUUGUAAGCGUUUUCAGCUUUCUACAAUGCCGAAAUCCAUCCAAGAAAAAGUUUUCCGCUACGUGCGAGAAGGAAGACAAAAACGACUUCGCUCACUUUUAAAAAAGGACAAAGGGAAAGGCAUUUUUCUUGACGAGUUUCUUGACAAGAGGAAAAGGACACCAUUACAUGUAGCCUGUUAUCUAGGAGAAGACGCAAUAGCUCGGGUUUUAUUAAAGAGUGGCGCUUCUUUGUGGGCUUUAGAUGAGGAUUCAAAUACCCCAGUACAUCUUGCUUUGAUUUAUGGUCUGCAAGUAUUAGACAGAGGUGUACUGAAUAGUCUGAUUUUACCAUUAAUGCGAAAUGGAGAUAUUGUCGAUACUGCAAAUUGCCAUGGAGAAACCCCAACGGGUCUGCUCGCGCGAUUAAAACAAGAAAUAAACUAUAAAGAAGAAGAUAGAAGACUUUAUGAGGAGGAGGAAGAAAGGAGAAAAGAGGAAAGAUCGAAAGAUAAGGAAGAAGAGAAAAGAUGGAAAGAGAAGUUGUUUGACGAGAUGGUGUAUGAUGAUGUUUGCUGUCAUCAUGAGGCCUUCAUCGAGGAUGAGCACUCAUCAAAUAACAGACAAGAGAGCUAUGAUGAGUGGGCUGAGAGAAUCCUCAGAGAAAAGACUGCAAAGUAUUUUGCAAACAGAGCUAAAACAGAAGACAAAAACAGGCAGUCAGAUUUUCAAGAACGAGAAAAAAUAGCCAGAGAAAGAACUAGACAAUUAGAACAAGAGCACCAAGAAUAUAUUAGGAAGAAUUCUGAAAAGAUGUCACAGGCUAGGAUUGCUUGUUUGAAAGUUGAAUAUGAGAGAAAGUGUGAGGCAAUUUUUAACCAGAAAUCUAAUAAUAAGCUAUGUUUUACUGACAUUCCAUGGCCAUGUGAAGGCACUGCUAGUGAAAUGCUAAAGAUGCUAACAAAGUUCUUGUACAAUGAACAAGACAGAAAGAGAAGACUAAGAGAACAGCAAGUUCGGUGGCAUCCCGAUCGCUUUCUUCAGAGAUGUGGUGAGAGGCUAGAUGAGCGGGAUAGAGAUAAGGUCGUGGAAUAUGUUGUGGAAAUAUCUCAGGGAAUUAAUGCUAUGAUUGAGAGUGGGAAAUAGUGUAAUGAUGAUUCUCUUUUUUAAUUAGAGUGAAUGCUUAGUAUACAGUACUCCACAUGUCUUUGAAACCAAAGAAACAGCCACAGGAUGGGCAUUAAGAGGAAAGCCCUGUGUUAUGUAACAGUAUCAACAUUGCUGUGGAAAACAGCCAGCUCAAUUAUGAAGGUGUUUGGUGGUGCUAUGAAGGGCAGGGGGUAUAGGUGUUCAGAUUGACGGAUCAGGGCAUAACAGCACACAGAUUGACAGAUUCUCAAAACAUUUACGGAUCACAGAUCUAUUGAAAAUUUAAGGUCAGAUUUUGGAUUCUGAUAAUCUGGGGAUCUUGCUGAUUCUUCACUUUAAAAAAUCGCAAAAAAUGUUUUUGUCUAUCAUUUGUUGUUGAUUGGGAUUAAAGCAAACCUGUGCA